AAGCUUGUUGCUACGCUAUGAAUUACACGAAUUUGUUUGAGUAAGGACAGAGAAAAUGAAUUUCCUAUUUGCAAAGUAUAGAAACGGAUUUAUUUAAACUGAAUUGGCAUAGGACGGUAUUUAUUUUUAGGCCGGCUGGUAUUUUUAUCGUUCCCGGCGCGGCCACACUGCUGACUAAUAAUUUUCGUAUUUUGUAAAUAUUGCACUUUGAUACAAUUCAAGGCAAUGCACGGACGCGUAAAGGUCAGGACCACAGAGGAGGAGCGCGAGCGGAAGAAGAAGGAGCAGGCUCUGAAAGUCCGGGCGUACCGUGCAGCCAUGGGAAGGAUUCAGAAAAAGAGGGAAGCGGGGGAGCUGGACAACGAAAUGCUCAGCCUGACGGUUCAGAUUUUGCUGCGGAAUCCGGAUGUGAGCACCCUGUGGAAUAUCCGCAGGGAGUGCGUCCUGGAGAAGCUGUCCAAGCUGAAGGAAGGGGAAGCCACUUACGAGACGCCCACCGAGGAGAAGUCCGAGGAGGAAAAACAAACCGAGGCGAGUGAAAAGAAGACCCUUCCCGAGGACAACGCCCAUUCCGUUUUCACCCACGAACUGGACCUCACCGAGCAGUGCCUAAUGGUCAACCCAAAGUCCUACAACGCCUGGCACCACCGCUGCUGGACCCUGGAACAGAAUCCCCAAGCGGACUGGCAGCGGGAGGUGCAGCUGUGCAACAAGUACCUCAAGUUCGACGAGCGCAACUUCCACACCUGGGACUACAGGCGCUAUGUGACCGGAAAGGCCAUGGUGCCAGCUGUCCAGGAGCUAGACUUCUGCACAGAGAAGAUCAAGGUUAACUUCUCAAACUACUCCAGCUGGCACCACCGAAGUCUCCUGCUUCCGGGGCUCUAUCCCAACCAGCAAAAAGACCGACCCAUGAGUGAGGAGAAGUUGCAAAAAGAACUUGAAAUGGUGCUGACGGCUGCUUUCACGGAUCCCAAUGACAGCAGUGCUUGGUUCUACCAGCGGUGGUUGCUGGGCAGCGGCGCUCAGUUGGAUCGGGCUCCAAGAAUAGCUGCUUUUCGACUGGAUUCACACGGAGCAGUCCUCGCGCUAGACAAGCCCUACCCAGAUAUCAAACAAUUGAGGACUGAGCUAAUUGGUGGAGAGGAAACCAUUUUACUAGAAUCCUGGCUACCAGUGGACAAGCUCGGAACCAGUUGGAAGUGUCAGCAGAACUUCGAUUACCAAAGAAACUCAGCUUACUCCUUUAGGCUUUCCGACCAGAACGUUAACCUCUCGCCUAUGUCUGGAUCGGAAAACGGAGCCUAUUACUUUGCACCACCACAUGGCACCGCGAGUUGCAGCAAGGAUCUUUUGGCAGAGCUGCAAACGCAGCUGCAAUCCUGCCUAGAUCUUCUGGAGUUUGAGCCGGACAGCAAGUGGACCCUACUAACAAGUGCCCUUCUAAUGCGUGCUAUCGAUUUUUCAGCCAAUCACGAAACGAGUUUGUUGAACCUGGCCAAGCUGGAAAAGGUGGAUUCUCUAAGGGAGGGUUACUACAAGGACCUCGCUGCCAGGUGGACCAUGGAGUCGGAGCUGGACAAGUGGCCUCAAACUUCCGGAUUUCCAAAGAGUUUCGACAUAGCGGACAAAGUACUUCUGGAAUCGCUUCCUUAUGGUCAAUACCUAGUCAUCGCUGAUGAAAUAAGCAUUCCCAACAAACUGAAAGAGAAAUUGGGGGAUUCAGUGCCCAAAACGUUUGCAGACUUGAAGUUGCUGUCAUAGACCAUCGGUGAACCAGUUUCCAUAAGUUAAGAUAUAAUAUACAUUUUGGCGAUUGACCGUUUUUGGCGAUUGGGUGCUUUAAAACUUAAAAGGGUUAAACCAAUCGCUAAAUUCAAUUUUGCAAUUAUUCCUAUUCCUUUGUAUGAGAAGAAAUGUUAUGUACAUUACUAUUAUUACGCAAUUUGUGUAUCGCUGUGAAAUUAUACAAAUAGUAAAAAUA